AUGCCCUUCCGCGAAUCACCUGCAAAGCGCCGGAAAACCCACCACAUACGAGACGAAGACGAACGCGAGAAUGUCACUGCACUGCUUAAUCGCUUCCAGGCGCGCUCGACGCCAUCGACAAAAAGCCGUGUGGACGGGAAUCAUGGUACGUCUACCCAGGCGUCUGCGGAUGAGCGAGCUCCCCUCCACAAGAGUCAACCAGCUCCCUACAAGGUACAACAACCGGCCAAGACCAAGCCGCAACCCAUGGCCUUCGUGCCCUUCGCCGAUUCUACACUAGAGAGGCUGGCUAAGUUGGGGAGAUUGGGUGACUCGGUUAUUGGCACAAAGGGAAAGACACUGACGGAGGAUCAAGAGAACGGCCCCACGGGUCAAGAGCAACGUGCCAGCGGACCUGUGCCAACACAACCGGUACAUGCAUAUGGCAAUGGCAUCCGCUCCCUGCCGUCUGGCGCAACAUACCACUCAUCUUACCCAACGCCGGCGCAGACCAAUGGCAUGCCACUGAGAGGAUCCAUGGUCCCGCGCGAUUAUCCACACGGCCUCCCGUUGCCUCGACCCACCAGUACCCUCGGCGUUUCUGGCCAGCACUCAUCGCCUUCAAUUGCUCGGCCGCCGUCACCUCGUUCGUCCGCUCGUGACCGCACGUUUCCAAACACUGCCAUUCCACUUCCUUCCGCGCCGUCUACCAAUCCUUCGCUUCAGCGUCCAGCUCCUAUGUCUCGUCACCCUGUCGCCGCUUCUCCCGUCCGUCCGGAGCUUACUGCUCCCGCACUCCCCCGCAUUGUAUCCCCCGUGCGGCCACUCGUAGCUUCUGCCACGCAUCCUGCAGCUUCUCCAAUCGAAAACUCUGCUGGCGUUAAAGCCCCCGAAACAGACCCUGCUCCUCUUAUUGGAAAGGGAAAGUUCCAAAAGUACCCGCCUUGGACUCCGGAAGAAGAUAGCGUGAUAGUCUAUCUAAAGCAAGGGCUGAAUUGGAGCUUCAAACAGAUUACCCCUAUGCUCACGGGACGAAGUCAAGGUGCUGCGAACACAAGAUACUGCAACCGCUUGAAAUACGGCUAUGACAUGAAAAAGGCGAUAGAGGUUAUUCAAAGGUCUGAAUGGUCGCCUAUACUGCAACCUGAGAAACAUGCCGAGAUCCUGGCACGUCCUGUACCGUCACCACCGGAUACAGUCGUCGAGCGCAACGCGGCUGUCGACCCGGCAUUCCCAUCUACAGCCGAUACUACCAUCACACCGCAGAGAGAGCGACGUGCUGCACAAAGACCGACUAAUUACUACGAUAAGGACUACUACAAUCACACCUUUGAGGAUGAGCCCCCGACGUUUACCGAGCUACAGAAGCCUCCAGCGGAGGGACGCCCCUGCGCACUGGUUCCUAAUCCUGAUGGAAUCGAAAUCGAAGGCAGAGGCAUAGGUCCAAGCAGAAGACUCCGUAGUGCGAGAAAGUUUCGCUCGUACAAACCAUACCUGUCGUACCACGAGCGAUUGGCUUUAAAAGGUGGGUUCGGGGAAGGCGAAUGGCAAGAAUUACACGACUGGAAGGGAUCUCAAGUGCAUGUUCCGUUCACCAAAGAGGAAAUGAAGACGCUCGAGCAUGUCGUCACCUCGAAAACCAACUCCAGUCUGACGAACUUGACGGAACCCAAGAUUCUCGAAGUCGCAAGCCAGGCACGGAGUUUUCUAGUGACACGUACCAAAGAGAGUAUCGAAGCGUUGCUGAGAGAUGCUGCCGACGACAGAAUACCGAAGGCAGUGAUGCUUCGUCUCGGGGGGCAGAAGUACCCUUCACCAAGCAUUCAUUCGGUGCUCAGGAACCGGGAGCUGGGCAUGCAGACAGCCAGAAGAGACUAUUCCAAGGGCGGGCUUACUCACCUUCAAACGCCAAUAGUCGAGAGCAUCGGUCCUUCGCUGACGUUUACCGGCACUUCUGGCGAUGUCAAUACUGUAGCUUGGGCGCCCAAUGGCGCGCGAUUCGCCGCUGGCUCUGCUUGCCUGGUUGAUUCCGACAGUAUGCAAUACAACCGGGGCAACAAUCUACUCGUCGGAGAAGUCUCCCGAAAAGCGUUGAACGAGAUCCCUGAUCACUACACUGAACGCAAGCGACCAGAGACCGGCGUCAAUUCGAGCCAUUCAAUGCACAUCACUCAGGACCGUCGGCUUUUUCAGACUGUUUCAAUGGUUGCCUUCUCUCCCGACAGCUCGUUUCUAUUUUCCGCUGGGUACGACAACCAGGUGCGAGUUUACGACAUUUUCGACACCGACCAACCCGAGCUGCAUUUCACCUGCGCUAACAUUCGUCACGCGGGCAAGGUGGAUUUGCUCUCGGUGAGUCCUCAAGGUCUUCUAGCUACCGGGUGUCAACGAUCCGACAAGAACUCGAUUAGGGUGAUAAAUCCUUAUUUGCUCAACAUCGAAGAGUCAGAGCGUUUCGAUGAAGACGGCAACAAAAUCAAGCCAGUCAUCCACAGCUUCUCCUCGCGGAAAGCUGCCGAGAAGCCUGAUAAUGGUAUUUUCCCUUCUGCUCUUCGCUUCGACUGCACCGGUGACUACCUCCUAGCUGGAUUUGCCUCAACGUUGAAAGAGGAGACCCACGGAGGGACAUGCCUGUGGGAUGUCAGGACUGGCUCUCAGUUGGCAAUCUCUCCCGAGGCGCGCAAUGUCUUCGAUGUCGCGUGGAACACAAACCGAUGGAAAGCACCACUGUUCGCGGUUGGGUGUGUCGCUGGCUCCAAUGUCAAUCGCGGCGUUCGCUCAGUUGUCAAGCUGUACGACGUCCGGGUCCCUGGAAGAUAUUCUAUGCCGCUGGAGUUGGACUGCCCGGCUCUUGACAUGAAUGAUGUGCUGUUUUGCCCUUACGAUGAUAAUAUCAUUGUAGCCGGCUGUACGAAUGGUAAAACGUACGUCUGGGACAUACGACAGCCCAGCCCUGAGAGCCACCUAUACUCGCUCCUACACGGAGAGCCUGUAAUGGAGCUGGGUGACGAUGAUCCAGCAUCAAGGGAGCGCUUGGACACCGGAAUACGUUUCUGUUCAUGGGCACAUGACCGCAGGAAGCUGUAUACCGCUUCGUCAGACGGCGUAGUCAAGACCUGGGAUCCUUACCGUGCGCCAGAGGACGUUUUCUUGCGUGACGUCGUGCAGUUGAACUCUGGGGUCAUGUCCGGCGCAUUCAGCCCCGACUAUGCAAGCCUUCUUCUGGGCGAAAUCAACGGCACCGUCAACGUGCUCGAAGCUGGCCAGUUUGGUCGCUCCAUCAAAGAGAUGGAUACCUUCGAUCUCAUUCCAUUCAAGGAUGACGAAGCACAGACCCCACGCGACCAUGACGAUAACCGCGAAGACGAAGACGAAGACUCAGGUGCGGCGACUUCUCGAGAGCUCCUGCGAACAGAGCAGAUCAGCCUCUGCGAAAUGGGCGGCCUACCACUGCGCCAGGCCGUCCAGGGACCAAAUUACGCCGGCCCAUACGACAACGCAGCGGACGCGCCGGAGCUGAGGACUGCAGCAGCGCGGUUCCAACGUCUUCACGGUGAUGCACCGACGGAGCAGUGCGAAAUCCUGGCUUGCUGCUUGGCCGCCACCAACGCCAAAGCGGUGCCCGAAGAGGCUGGCGACUCGGGCAGGUCCGCCGACCGCAUCCCUGGCGCCCUACGCUCUCUGUCUCUCGGCUCUUCUUCUUCUUCUUCUUCUUCUUCUUCUUCUUCUUCUUCUUCUUCUUCUUCUUCUUCUCUCAACAGCGACGGGUAUGGCAAAUCGAUGCCAACCAAGAGCACCAUCGUGUCGUCCGCUCUCAAAUGCUCCAAGUGCCACAUACGCCCGGCACGGCCGCGCGCCGAUCCAGACGGCAACGUCGGCGACGACGACAACGGCGGCGGCGACGUCUCGUCGUCGUCAGACAAGCCCCUCUGCGAGCGCUGCAACUUCGGCUGCCCCCGUUGCGGCCGCAAGGCCGACGUCCUCUCGCACGCCUCUGCAACCGCCAUCGCCGGCGUCUUCUGUCCGCGUUGCCGCGCCCUCUGGCGCGCCGACGUGCUCGGAUACAAGCUGGUCUAUCAACACGCCGCCGGGGGUGCCGGUGAGGGCAGCGGCGUGGGGGGCUGGGAUCCCGAUCGCGACGAGCGGUUCCUGUACGAGCGAGCGAGGGUGAUGGGGAGGACCAGGAAGAAGGUCCCGUCGUCGUUGUCGCUGUCGUUGACGCUUGCGCCUACGUCUGCUGCUGCGGGAUUUUCUGACGAUGAGAUGGGCGAUGGCGACCACGUCCAGGAAGGAGUGGCGGGUAUGAUGAGGAGGAGUAGGAGAAGGGCGAAGGAGACGCAGCUGCAUGACUAUGUGGCGGACGAGGCAGAGGACUGUCUCGAGGGGUACUACCAUAGCUUAUGGCAAGAUAAACCCGCUUCUCCACUCUGA